CAGUCGCAGAGCCAGAGUGAGGAGCGUCCCGCACUGCUCCGGAGCCGGCACCUCGAAUCGCGUAUAGCCCAGAGUUCUCCUGGAACUGCCGUCACGUUUCCAGGAACUGCAACCACCCCGGCCACGAGACUGCAGUGGAGGCGCCGAGUGCUCCGAGUGCAUCAGUGUCGUGAAGGGGGUUCCCCGGACGCGAGCCACCCUGUGCCGCCAACGGCCGCCAAGUGCGAGUGCGUGUGUGUUAGUGUGGAUUUGUGCGAGUGUGAGUGCAUCAGUGACCACCGGAUUACAUUAAGGAUGCCCGCUGCCCGCUGGAGAGGCGACACUGGCGAGGCCGCGCCGGCAUGAAGUCUCCAUCCCAAAGCAUGAGGUUCUCCUGCGCCUCGUGCCCGCUGCAGAUGUCGCGGCAGGGCCAGGGCCUCGGCCAGGGCUGGCAAGGGCUAGGCCCAGCCUCCCAUUCGCAGGCAGACUCCGGCCGCGACACCGUCUUCUCCUCGGACGGCUCCUACGGCUCGUCCUGCGAGGCCGGCGGGCCCGGUGAGGGCGAGGGCGGAGGCUCGGGGGCGUCAUCGGGGUCCUCGUCGUCGGGGGUCGGCUCGGCGCACACCCCCACCCCCAGCACCCCCACCCCGCCGUCGGAGCCGACGCGGCCGCCCAGGAUCACUCCGUUCAGCGGCGUGCUGUCACAGGGCAAGGCGGUGAUCAGGCCCAUCGCCUUCAGGCCCUUGCAGGGCACCAUGAGCCCCGGCCCCACGGCCACGGCGGGCGGAGGCCGGCAGUCCGGCGGCCGGCACGCCCUGCAGGGUUCGAGGCUGACCAACGCGGGGGAGCGGUACGGCUCCACGCCCGUGCUGGCCAGGCCGGGCACGCGGCUCGCGCUGCACGGCAGCACCACGGACCUGCGGUCGCUGCACGCCAGCGGGGCGUCCCACCUCGGCGGCCCCCUCGGGGGCUCCCUGCACGGCGGCCUGGGCCCCCUGGGGGGCUCGGGCUCCCACCUGUCCCUGGACCGAAAGCUGACGCUGUGCUCCUCGCCGCCGCUGUCCUCGCUGUCCUCCCUAAACUCGCUACCGCUGCCCGGGCGCCUGGAAGGGCGCCUGGAAGGGCGCCUGGAGGGGCGUCUGGAGGGGAGAUGCGACCCCUUGGCAAACUCCAACGGCCUCACCGUGCCAGUGCCCUCCAGGGCGGGUUCCGUGGACCGCAACAUCGGCCACAGUCACCGCUCAGAUGCCGCCCUUCGGAGACUGCCCCUCGUGGGGCUGCCGUUGUCCUCCCUGUCGCUGCACCAUGGCUCGGCGGACCACGUCGACGGCGACCUGGACGGCAGUGGUCUUCCCCCCGACAUGGAGCUGGAGGCGGCCUUGCGGGGAAGGGACUCGGAGCUCGCCGUCCGGCAGCGCGAGGAGCGGGCCGAGCGCGGAGGCUGGGCACGGGAGCUGCGGAGACUGCAGCACGCGGCGGACUCGCGGCAGCGGCAACGACAACAGCAGCAGCAGCUGUCCCUGCAGCAGCAACAGCAGCAGCAGCAACAGCAGCAACAACAGCACCGCGACCGGCAGCGCCACGGACUACAAGGAGUGCACGACGAGGUCCGCCUGCUGCGCUCGCGGCUCGAGGAGACGAGCUGGGCGCUGCACCAGCGCAACGGCGAGCUGUCGCUGCUCAAAGCGCAGCUCAAGGAGGCCCUGUCGCACCAGGAGCAGGCGGCGCGGCUGUCCGGCAGGGCGCAGGAGGCGGUUGCCCUGCGCGCCGAGAACCGCGACCUCCGCGCCCAGCUGGAGCGGGCCGACGCCGACCGCGUCGCGCUCCGACACUCCCUGGCCGAGCGCGACGCCGACCUCCACGGCGCCGCGGACGCGCGAGAAGCCGCACUCCGCGACGCGGCCGAGCUGCGCUCCGUGGCCAGGCACCUGGAGGCCGAGCUGGAGCUGGCGGUGGCCCAGGCCAAGGGCAACCAGGCCGUCAGCAAGCACCACAGCAAGCAGGUGGGUGAGGAGCAGAACGCCGGCCGGAGAGACGCGUCACUUUGUCUUCGUCGAUGGUGUUCUGACGUUCCGCUUCCUGGCUUGCCGACGCAGGGACACUCCCAGUCCGACGCGCAGCCCGCCCUGUCCGCCGACGCCCAGAACCAGCUGCGCGCCGAGGUGCUCCGCCUGCGGGAGGAGCUCGCCGCCGAGCGCGCCACCUGGGCCGAGGAGAAGGAGAAGGUGCUGCGCUACCAGCGGCAGCUGCAGCUCAACUACGUGCAGAUGUUCCGGCGGACGCGCUCGCUCGAGGCGGAGGUGGAGUCCCUGACCAUGGAGCUGGAGCUGGAGACCAAGGCCAGCAAGCACAAGGCCUUCGCCAAGGCCAAGGGCUUGGGUCUGGCCAAGGGCCUGGGCCUGGGCAAGGGCCUGCAGGGGCUGCCCAUGCCCGAGCUGCACGCCCAGGCCAUCGAGCUGUGAUGACGAGUCCCGGACCCGCCCCGUCAGUGAAAGACAGUCAUUCGGCGGCGGCAGCUUUGGCCUCCGUCUGGUUCAGCUGCUCGGCCGCCUUCCCCGGGGUGAGGAUCGGGAGCUGGAGCAGCAUGACCACGAACGUGGCCGUGUUGCCCAUUAUCUAGAGAGUGUUUUUUAAUCAGAGUUAUAUAAAUGUUAUUAAAAUAAGUGAAUAAAAGAGUACGAACGAGCAGAGAA